AGCUUUGUGUGUGUGUGUGUGUGUGUGUGUGUAGCCUGGAUUGGAGGGCAAAGACAGGGGUGGUAGAUGAGUUGGGGGGGUGGGAAAGCCCACUUUUACCCUCUCUCCCUACCCCCAGGAAAGGGGGAGGGAGGUCAACCGUGUGCGAGGCUUUUUGUCCUGUCUUUAGGAAGGAUGCUGCUCCACCGAGAGUGAAAAGGCGAAAGUGAGGAGGAUGAUUCACCACGAGACUCCCGGCGUUAAAGCCUCGAACGCUGGCAUCAGAGGAGAAGCGAGAGGGGGAGAGAGAGAGAGAGGCUGCAGCUGAAGCUGAAGGUGGCGGCUCUGCUCCUUUUAGUGACUGGAGAGACAGACAAGAGGCUGGAGUUAGGGAGGAUCGGGGAAGAUCCAUCAAAAAUAGAGAGAGAGAAAAAAAUCGAGAGAGGACGAGGGGGGAAACAAAAAGGAGAGAAAACUUGGCGGUGCGGGUCCGGCUUUGCGAUGUGAAGGAGACGGUCGGAGGAGAAAUUUUUGACAGGGGACGUGGAUUCCAGUUCAGAGCACAGCCGGAGGAACUGCUGCCCUUUUACCUUCCCAUGGCCAGGGAGAGAGGCAAAACCAUCUGCCUUCAAUAAACAAGGAGGAGGAGGAGAGGAGGAGGAGGUGGUUGAAAGGCGGGUUUGCAAGAUGCAAAGAGCCAGGCUUAGCAUCUGAUGUGAAUUAUUCCUGUUACUGUUGUUAUUAGAAGCCAAGGGUCUGAAAGAUGAAAGUGCUGCGCAGGAAGGCGGCUCUGCUGGUCCUGGGUUAUAUCCUGCUCUUGGUGUUGACCAUGCUACAUUUUGCCGAUUAUAAAGGGGCCAAGGAAUGCACCCAGGUGAAGUAUGUGCCGUACCCGCUUCGGUACACGGUGGAGCACCAGCGAGCCUCGCCGCCCCACAACAGCUCCAGCAAGCGGCAGCAUGUCUACGUGUUCACAACAUGGCGAUCGGGCUCGUCCUUCGUGGGCGAGCUCUUCAAUCAAAACCCCGACGUCUUCUUCCUCUACGAGCCCAUGUGGCACAUCUGGCAGAAGUUGUACCCGGGCGACGCGCUCACGCUGCAGGGGGCAGCCCGCGACAUGCUGGGCUUCCUGUACCGCUGCGACCUCUCCAUCUUCCAGCUCUACAAUGGGGGCAACAAUGUCACCAGCAUGGGCAUCUUCGGGGCACCGCGCAACAAGGUGGUCUGCUCUUACCCGCUGUGCAAGGCGUACAGGAAAGAGCGGGUGGGCCUCAUUGACGAACACGUGUGCAAGAACGAGUGCCCGCCCCAGCACCUGGACUCCCUGGAAGCUGAGUGCCACAAGUACAGCACCAUCGUCAUCAAGGGUGUCCGCAUUUUUGACCUGAAUGUGUUGGCCCCUUUAAUGAAAGACCCUUUCAUCGAUCUCAAGGUGAUUCACCUGGUCAGGGACCCAAGGGCCGUGGCCAGCUCACGGAUCAAGUCGAGGAAUGGCCUGAUCCGGGAAAGCCUGCAGGUGAUGAGGAGUAAAGAUCCCAAAGGUCGUCGCUUGAAGGUGUACGAUGGGUAUCAGAGGACCAGGCGGGAUGCGGUGGACUACCAUGCCCUCAAUGCCCUGGAAGUGAUCUGUACUAGCAUGGUCAGGACUGUUCAGAUGGCCAGAGAACCACCGGACUGGUUGAAGGACAAUUAUAGGGUAGUGCGCUAUGAAGAUCUGGUGGAAGACCCCAUAAGGUAUCUAAAGGACAUGUACCACUUUGCUAACUUGUCAGUCAGUGAGGACAUUGAGAGGUUUGUGCUCAACAUGACCAUGGGGUCCAGUUACUCCUCCAAAAAGCCCUUUAGUGUUUCUUCCCGGAAUGCUACCCAGGCUGCCAAUGCGUGGAGGACCCAAAUGACGUACUCCCAGAUCAAACAAGUGGAGGAAUACUGUCAACAGGCCAUGGAUUGGCUGGGCUAUGAGAAAGUCCAAACCCCAGAAGAAGUCAAGGAUUUCAGCAAGUCAUUUGUAACCAAAAUCCGGCUUUAAACAAAAAUAGAGAAGUACUCCAGUAAUUCAUUCCAUCAAAACCCAUAUCGAGGAGAGAGGCCAGGGCGGAUCCCAGCCUGUUUAGUUUAUGAAUAUACUUGGAUCCAGGUCUGGGGAAAAAAAAGGACAAGUGUUCGAGAGGGUUUUUAUAUUGUGUGGAGCGCACAGGUACACCCAUACCCGCAUCCACAUAUGCUCACAAACAGAUAAAGCCUCACAUAGACACAUCCUCACACAAACGUAUCCACUGACACGCAGACACUCACACAGAGAUGCCCACACACACUCUCUCACACAAUCAGACAGACAUAUGUACUGACACACGGAUUCACACCCACACACACAGUAACACAGACGCAGCCCUCACACAGGCAUAUGUGCUCAAAUAGACGUUCACACACAUCCUCUCACUAACUCACACACAUAACUAAUAACACUGAAAAACUGGCUGGCCAUGAACCACUUAGUGAUUUUAAGGGAACUUUUCCUCGUCAGCUGUUGACAAAGGUUUGACUAAAGUGUUGAGUUGGCCAUCAGAAAUACUUGAUCAUUUGGGUUUAAAGUUGUUAUAUACAUUGCUCUAUGAAUAUAUAUAUAUUGUUAUUUUUGUUGUCUGGUUGAAUGAGUAAAUUGAUAAUUUAUCAUUUAAAAAAAAUAUUCUAUUAUAUUGAUGGCAUGCGGCGGUAGAAUUGUGAGUCCAGUGCUUUACUGCCAAAGUACAUCUCGUCAGGAUCCUUUCUAUCAUGUUUGUUGCUCGAUUGCUCAUGCCAGUUCAUGUUACUUCAUCUUAGAUUGUGCAAACCAAACAAAGGAGUUCUUUGAAAAAAUAAGCCUUUUCUAUCCAUAUUUUCAUUCUUUUUGUUAUGUCAUCGCUGAAAAUGAAUUCGGAAAAGUAUAAGGCUACAAAAAUAACAUUUAAUUUUAGAACAAUAACUGAAACCUUGCCAAGAUUGUACCUGACAUAACACAUUAUUUGCUGCAAGACAUCAUGUUUAAUGAAUUAUUGUAUUUCAUCUGGAGUCUCUGUGAGGCUACUGACAAACGUUACAAUAUACAGUAUUUAUGAGGCGAGGAGAUACAUUGAGCAACUGCAUAACCAGAGACAAACUUUCUGCUUUAAUUAGAGGCCAAGCCAAAACAAUGCAAAACCACGUUCUUGAAGGGGCCUUCUAUUAUUGUUAUAUCACUAAUGCCAGUGAUAUAGUACACAGUCCUCCAGUGCAUGAACUCUGUAUAUAAAUUGUUUCAAUAAUUUUAUUUUUAAAUGCCUUCAAGUCAGCCUCGGUUAUUUUCGUAGAAGACAGCAGCAGAUUAUUAAUACAGGAUGAACUUAAUGUAGAGCAGAUGAUGCCUUUGAAUGGCAGCAGUACCAGAAGUAUACUGCAAAGUUCUUUCUAAGAGGUGGUCACAGGCACUUUUACAGUGAAGUUGAGGUCCUGGGAGAGCACCACUAAAAUAGAGACAUGUCUUCAGUUGCUGAUCUCCACUGUUUAGCCUAAUUAGUUAGCACUUCAAAGCCAAGGCCUAUUUUUAAUGUAGACUUGUGGUUUGUACACAUGUGAACAUGGGAGGGUUGACACUGCUCUAUCCCAGGGUUAGAAUAGUUGUAAAAUAACUUUAAAUAAUUUUAAAAUCCGAAUAGCCAAUUUGGAGUCACAUGAUAUAAAUUUCAAAGCCUGAGGAUCAAUGUGUAGCUGAUUUUGUGUGCCUGCAUGCUUGCUUCAUAACAGAAUUGUGGAGAUACCUGUGCAUUCAGGUGGCCAGAAUAAGAGAUGGCAAACAUAAAGAAAAUGUGGGUCCUCCUGAAGUCAUUGGAACCCUGGAUAUUGCCUCCUGCUGCUGGCAGGAGAACUGUGCACCUACUGUUGUUGACAUUUUCUCAAGGUAAAAAUGCCUUCAAAAUGCUUUGGUUUCAGUAACAGUAAGUUAUGUUGAAAACGCCCUCACACCUCAGAUUAAAGUUAGUAUCUAUUUAGCAGCUAUCAGAAAGUCACAGUGGUCACACAGGGAUAUACCAGUUGAUGUCUCCUUCUCUCCUUAGCUGCUCUGUAAAGUAUGUUACAGGGAGAAGCUCCGGAUACUGAAUGGGAGCUGGUACUUUGGACUGCCCGUGGAUCCUGCCCACUCCGAAAAAUACACUGCAAGUUGAUUGCUGUCCCUGAGUCAGCUGUCUGGUACUGGGUUUCUCUGGAUUACAUCUCCCAGAUUGAGCUAGUCAUCACUGCAGUGGUUGGUGCUGCUGUGGGCCAAACUAAUGUUACAUACUGAAUAAGGAGUGAAGGAGACCUGAAAUGGAUGCAGUAGUGGCAAGGGGUGUGCAUUUCUUUAACCUUUAAUGACUUAUUAAAAAUGAGUACAAGCAAAUCAGCUGCUGCACCAGCGUACUAUUUUUACUGGUUAAAACAGCUAAGAUAGUUGGUCCUUUUUAUCAGCUAGAGAAACGCACCAGCAAUCAGAGAUAACUAAGCACUGGUCAUUGUAUACAUUUCAGCAUUUGCAUGGAUCUCUAGCAGCUCCUGUUCCACAGCGAAAUGAGUGAGCAGUGUAACUUUAGCUCCUCACUCACCACAACCAAGGUGAAAUCAGUAGACUCAGUGUAAGAAAACCUAUAUUCAGAAUAAGGAAUAACACUGUUGGGAGGCUGCUAAACAGCACAGAGGUUUACAUCAUCAUCUGAAUUCCAAUACUGCCUUGUUGUACAUUUAG